AUGGACCUGUGCCACGUCCCCGCCACCCGAGAGAAAGGCUGGUACCUGGCGCUGAUGGCUCCCAACGUCAAGGGUCCCAACUACGCCUGGCUGGACCCCUCCCGGCUCUACUGCCACCCGCAAGGCUUGCAGGACUGCGUGGCCGACCUGCUGCAGCCCUUCCAGGGAGACUCCAUCGAUAUGGUGGCCGGUAUCGACGCCAUGGGAUUCAUCCUGGGCGCCGCCGCCGCCACCGUGCUGCGGAAAGGCUUCCUGGCCAUCCGCCAACACGGCCAUUGCCGCGUCCCUGCACCCCGAGCUGUGCCUCCGAAGACAGAGGCAAAGGCUAAGGCGCUGAAGGCCAAGAAGGCCGUCCUGAAGGGGGUACACAGUCACAAGAAGAAGAAGAUCCGCACAUCACCCACCUUCCGCAGGCCCAAGACCCUGCGACUGCACCGGCAGCCCAAAUACCCCCGGAAGCGCGCCCCACGGAGAAGCAGGCUGGACCAUUAUGCCAUUAUCAAAUUCCCUUUGACCACAGAGUCGGCAAUGAAGAAGAUAGAGGAUAACAAUACUCUGGUUUUCAUCGUCGAUGUCAAGGCAAACAAGCACCAGAUCAAACAGGCUGUCAAGAAGCUGUAUGAUAUUGAUGUGGCCAAGGUCAACACAUUGAUUAGGCCUGAUGGGGAGAAGAAGGCUUAUGUCCGACUGGCUCCAGAUUACGAUGCGCUGGAUGUAGCCAACAAGAUUGGAAUCAUUUAAACUGCAUCUACCAAGGACUGUACAGACAGGAUAAUAAACGCUGUGACACCA